AUGUCACUGCCGCCGCCUCAGCUGCUGCUGCUGCUGCUGCUGCCGCCGCCCCUGCUGCCCGCUGGGCCUGCCGGCGCCGCGCUGAUCCGGAUCCCCCUUGGCCGAGUCUACACUGGAGGCGGGACCCCGAGCCCACUGAGGGGCUGGGGGAGCCCAGGAGCGCCCCUCGGGCUGGGGGCCCCAGCCCCGGGGGGCAGGUCCGCCUUUGUGCCCCUCUCCAACUACAUGAACGCCCAGUAUUACGGGAAGAUCGGGCUGGGGACGCCCCCACAGAACUUCUCUGUCGUCUUUGACACCGGCUCCUCCAACCUCUGGGUGCCGUCCAGGAGAUGCAGCUUCUUCAGUCUGCCCUGCUGGUUCCACCACCGCUUCAACCCCAAAGCCUCCAGCUCCUACAGGCCGAACGGGACCACCUUCGCCAUCCAGUACGGGUCUGGGCAGCUCAGCGGCAUCCUGAGCGAGGACAAGCUGACUAUCGGGGGGAUCGGGAACGCGUCCGUGGUUUUCGGGGAGGCGCUGUGGGAGCCCAGCCUGGUCUUCGUGUUCGCCCGCUUCGACGGGAUCCUGGGCCUCGGUUUCCCCGUUCUGUCCGUGGGGGGAGUCCGGCCCCCGCUGGACGCGCUGGUGGACGAAGGCCUGCUGGACAAGCCUGUGUUCUCCUUCUACCUCAACAGGGACCCGGAGGCGGCUGAGGGAGGCGAGCUGGUUCUGGGUGGCUCGGACCCAGCACACUACGUCCCACCCCUCACCUAUGUGCCCGUCACCGUCCCUGCCUACUGGCAGGUCCACAUGAACGGUGUGAAGGUGGGCAAAGGGCUGACGCUUUGUGCCCAGGGCUGUCCUGCCAUUCUGGACACGGGCACAUCUCUCAUCACGGGGCCCACGGAGGAGAUCCGGGCCCUGCACAGAGCCAUCGGGGGAUUCCCCCUGCUGGGGAAGUACAUCAUCGAGUGCACGAUCAUCUCGAAGCUCCCUCCCGUGUCCUUCAACCUCGGGGGCGCCUGGUUCAACCUCACCGCCCAGGACUACGUCAUCCAGGUUGCUCGCGGUGGCGCCCGCCUCUGCUUGCUCGGCUUCCAGGGCCUGGACGUGCCGCCGCCGGUCGGGCCCCUCUGGAUCCUCGGCGACGUCUUCCUGCGCAGCUACGUGGCCGUCUUCGACCGCGGGAGCGUGAGGAACGGCGCCCGCGUGGGGCUGGCGCGCGCCCGCCCUCGCAGCGCCGGACCGCCGGGCGGUGCGCUCACGCAGGCGCAGUUCUCCGGAAGGCGUCCGAGUUAG